AUGCCACCGUGCCCUGACCCUCGCAGCGCUUCUGAAGAUACUGAUCGCCAUUGUUCACACCCUUCUUUCAUCCCUGCCUUGCGUCCAACGAUCACCUCUCUCUCGAUGGCUGAAACAAACGAAAUGGCGUGCGUCUACGCAGCCCUCGUUCUCCACGACGACGGUAUCGCGAUCACAGAGGACAAGAUUAAGACCCUCACUGAAGCCGCCGGCAUCACUGUUGAGCCAUACUGGCCGUCGAUGUUUGCCAAGCUUCUCGAGACCGUUAAGAUCGACGACCUGAUCAACAACAUUGGCGCCGCUCCAGCUUCCGGCGCUGCACCAGCUGCCGGCGCAGCCGGUGGCGACGCCGCCGCUGCCGAGGAAGAGAAGAAGGAAGAGUCAGAGUCAGAAGAAGAGGAAGAGAUGGAUUUCGAUCUCUUCGACUAGAUUCCCAACUCUAUCGUAAACUUUCCGCGCUAUUUCAGGAAGUCGAAACGGUUUUUUGUCUACUUGUUGCAUGCAUCGCGUUGCGUGUAGCCCAUUGUUCGGGUGAAGGCAGCUUCUUCUAUGGGUUGCGGCCGAUUUGUGCAUAUUGUUCACUUGCGUUGGUAUGCCGUAGACCAUUGAGUUGUGUAAAGCGGUUCUCCUAUGUUGCAGUCGCGAAGUCGGACAACUAACGUGCCGCUGAAAUACUCUCG